AUGAUUUGUGAGGAGGAAUCAAAAUUGUCUAUUUCUGUUAUUAAAGAGUUUGAAAAUGAUGAACUUGACGGUAAAGUGAAUAUUCGUGAUAGUGAUCAUGAUACUUCACAGUUGUCUUUGGUUGAUCAUGAUGAAAUGGAGGGAAUGCCUACUACCACUAAGUUAAAUAAAGGUUCUGUACAACUUGAACGCGAAGUAGAAAUAAAUGCAGAAGCAGUUGCAGAAGGCAUGCGUACUUGUGAGACCGUCAGUGUGAUUGAUCAGCAUGUAGCCCACCUAUCAUCAGAUGCUAGUGCUAAACCUGAGCUGAUAGUAAAAGACAGCAGUGGUGGUGGUCUUGCAGGUAGACAAAUAUAUGAAAGCCGAGCAACAACAGCUUUUGAUCCACCGCUAAGUUCAUCAACUGAUAUCAGUCAGCCGUAG